GCGGGCCGCGGGAAGGCCGACGCUCGGGGCGGCGGGGCGGGAGGCCGGACUGCAGUGCCCCCCGCUCCGGAGAAAACCCACACGCUCACACGCCCGCGCGCGCACACGCACGUGCACAUCGCGGGCAGCGAGAACACGAGCGAGAGCCCUUGAGUGUUGGACGCGUUUUAGCCAUGGCUUCUGUCCUCAACGGCAAGAUUCACGCGUCCGGGACCUGCCAGGGCUCCAAAGCUGAUGUCCGCGGCGCCGCCGACUGGAGAAUGGACUGGGAUCCCGAGAUGCACGUGAAAAUGUGCAAAAAGAUCGCCCAGCUCACCAAGGUGAUUUACGCCCUCAAUACCCGCCAGGAUGAAGCGGAGGCCAGCAUGGAGGCUCUGCGGGAAGCCCACCAGGAGGAACUCCAGAAUGCCGUGGCGGAGACCAAGGCCAGGCUCCAGCAGGAACAGGGCCAUGUGGAGGAGGAGGCCCUGCUCCAGCGCAUCGAGGCCCUGGAGAGCGCCCUGGAGCUGCAGAAGAGGCUGACACAGGAGGCCCUGGCGCAGUCGGCCUCCUGCAGGCUGGAGACCAAAGAGAGGGAGCUGAGGGUGGAGGCCGAGCACGCUGAGCGGGUCCUCACCCUGUCCAAGGAGAUGCUGGAGCUCAAGGCUGACUAUGAGAAGAGGCUCCGACACCUGACGAGCCACGAGGCACCCCAGUGGGGGCGGCUUUCCCAGGAGGGCCCCGAGCCCAAGGGAGAGCCAGGCCACAGCCACGAGAUGCGGGAGGUGCUGCUGGAGGUGGAGCGGCUGCGAGCAGAAAACCAGCAGCUGAGCAAGGACUACGCCCGCAAGGCAGAGGAGCUGCAGGCCACCUAUGAGCGGGACACCGAGACCAUCCGGCAGGCCAUGCAGCAGUCGGUGAGCGAGGCCCUGUGGCAGUGGCAGGAGAAGGAGACGGACCUCCGCAAGAACUUCCAGGUCCAGGAGUCGGCCCUGCAGGCCCAGGUCAGGAAGCUGGAGGGGGAUCUGGAGCACCGAGGCCGUAAGAUAAGUGACUUGAAGAAGUAUGCCCAGAAGCUGAAAGAAAGGACUCAGGACCUGGAUGUGCAGCUCAAGGAGGCUCGGCAGGAGAACUCAGAGUUGAAAAGCACUGCAAAAAAACUGGGGGAGAAGCUGGCUAUUGCCAAAGACAGACUGAUGCUGCAGGAGCGUCCCGUGAGCCAGAAAACUGAUGACAUGAAGACGGAACUAGUUUCAGAGAAGGAAGCCCUAGGGAAGGUGAAUGACCUUGAAAGCCGCAGUCUUCAUCCUCAGCAGGACCCAAGCCUUCCCAAGGAGUGUUUGUGCACCAAAGGAGGCCCAGACGUACAGACCAAGAAAGAGGCGAAUACGGAGAUGGAAUAUAUGAAGCAACAAUAUGAAGAAGACCUUCGUAAAAUCAAACAUCAGACAGAAGAGGAGAAGAAACAUCUCAAAGACCAGUUAGUGAAGCGGCUGGAAGACUUGGUGAAGAAACAUACCCUAGAAAUCAAGUCUGUUCGCUCUUCGGUGGAGGCAGAGAGGAGAAAGCUGCAGAAGGAAGUAGAAGCACAGUUGGAGGAAGUGAAAAAGAAGUCAGAAAAUGAAAUCAAGCAGCUGGAAGAAGAGAAAGCAGCCCUAAAUGUGAAGCUCCAGAAUUCUCUGCUCGAGGUUUUAAGAUUGGAAGAAUUUAUCCAACAGAAUAAGGUACGACCCGGAAGAGGCAAAGAAAGGCCCCAGGAAUUGGACUGCCAGCAUUGCAGCAUUUUAGAGACCCAGGAUCCAUGCCUGAAGCUGAAUAAGCCUCAGACCCUGCCCAGAGGAGAAGAGUACCAGGAUAAGUUAGCAGCUGAAGAAGGAACCAGCAGUGAUGAAGAAGAAAGGAUUGAAGUGCCUCUCAAGGAGGGAGGUGACCUGCAACCUCCACUGAACUCUUUGCUGAAGGAGAAGGCACCCAAAAUCCAGCGUCUGCAGGAGGAAUGGCAAAGCCAGAAGGCCAGAUUGCAAGCCCAGGUCUCCCAGAUGCAGCAGGCUCUGGAGCAGUGCGCCAGCAGCUACAGGGAAGACCUGCAGGAACUCAAGCAACUCUCCGACCACGAAAGGGAGAAGCUGCAGCAAGAGCUCCAGGAGACCAUUCAGCAGAACCAGGCCAUGAAAGCCCAGCUCGAGGCCUCCCAUCAGCGAGCCCUACGCAUGCUUGAGAAGGCCAAAAAUCAAGAACUCAAGGCCACUGAGGAGCGCUUGAAGAAGGAAUCCAGCCACAGCCUCCAGAUCCAGCACCAGGCACACCGGCUAGAGCUCCAGGCCUUGGAAGAAAAGGCCCGGCAAGAGCUCCAGGGGGAGCUGGAGAGGAUGGAGGCUCAGCAGGCUCUGCUGUUAGAGUCCCUCAGGCAGGAGCUGUCGGAGCAGCGGGCUGCCUGUUCUGAGCACCAGAAGGACCUGGAGGCGCUGCAGGCCGAGCGGAGGGCCGCGGGCGGCUGGGGCAGGCGGCAGGCCGUCGCCCAGUGUCCAGGAGACAGCGAGGACCUCGCCGUCGCUGCAGAGGACGGGGGCGGCCCGGGCCAGGCCGGCUCCCCGAAGGCCGCCGCGGAAGCAGAGGCGGACGAGGCGCGCGGCGUCCGGGAGGAGAACUCGCAGCUCCGCGACACGGUGCAGCGGCUGCGGGCCGAGGUGGAACAGCACCAGCAGGAGGCGCUGCAGCUCCGCGACCAGCGCAGGCUGCUGGAGGAGGAUCAGCAAGCCCAGCGGGCCCGGGAGGUGGAGAAGCUACGCCAGGAACAUCGGAAGGAGAUGCAGGCCAUGGUGGCAGAUUUCAGCAGUGCUCAAGCCCGGCUCCAGGCCCGGCUAGCUGCCCUGGAAGCUGAACUCAAAGAUUCCGGAGAGAAGCCAGGGAAGGGGGCGUCCAGGCCCGAGGAUGCUCAGCUCAUAGGCCGCCUGCAGACCCGCCUGAAGGAGAGAGAGGAGAUCAUCAAGCAGCUCAUGGAGGAGCGAAGAUUUCACUAUGCAGCCUUCCCCAGUGCCAUGUCGCAUCGUAAUCGAUCCUUCUCUUUCAAUCCUCACCCAGGGUAUCUGACCCCUUCCAUGAAGAAAAAGAAGAUGGAGGAAGUCCCUAGCCGAGUGGUCAGUGUGCCAAACCUUGCCUCCUACGCAAAGAACUUUCUGAGUGGCGAUCUGAGCUCGAGGAUCAGCGCCCCUCCGAUAACUAAAUCACCCAGCUUGGACCCAAGCCCCAGCUGUGGCCAGCCUUACAAACCCACCCAGUCUCUAGAUGUGAAAACUGCCACGAGGACACAAGAUGGUGAAACAGCCCAACCCAAAGAAGUCCAGCAGAAACAGGGCUCUGCCCACCAGGAAUGGUUUACCAAGUAUUUUUCUUUCUAAACUGAUUCUUGGGAUCCAUCACAAAGAGGACAUUUGAAAAACAUUUCUUUUAAAGCAUCUGAUUGAAGGAAUGAACUAAACCAACCAACCAACCAAAUAACUUGCUUGUGAUAUGAUUUAUAUAUAAUAGUCAAAGCAAAUUUUGGCAUUAACAUUUCCUAUUUCAUUGUGACACCAGUGCUUAAAAAAUUUCUUGCCAUUAAGAUAAAAAAAAACUCCACACAACCCCCCCCACAAAACAUGUUAUCAAGACGCACCCAUAGGAAAAUGUUAUUGAUGUUGCUGACAACCUUCACAUUGUAUUUCUAGUGUCCGUAAGAUUUCAUUCUGCUUUAUGGAGUAUCAAUCAGGCUUUGUGAUUUCCAUGGUCUACUUUAAAAGUGGUUUCAUUUUUCCUUAGAAAGCUAGUGUCAUCUCCAUUUAGAAAGUAUUUCUAUGUAAAUGACAUUAUUCCAAAAUGCACAUUCAACCUCAGUAGGAAGAAAAAAACAAACUUUGAAACACUCAUGAAAGCCAAUUUAAAAAAAAAACAAACGAGGCAA